AUUAACGUUUCGCUGUUUGCUUCAUCAACAGUUUAUUAAGUAACAAAAUUAAAUAAUGAAUUUCGACAAUAAAGUAGUCAUUGUUACUGGCGCCAGUGCUGGCAUUGGGGCAGCUACAGCCAUACAAUUUGCUAAAGAAGGUGCUGACGUUACUCUAGUAGGAAGAAAUGAGGAUAAACUAGCGAAAGUAUCUGCAGAGUGCGCUAAAUACGGCAAGAACCCUCUAGUGAUCAAAGCUGAUGUGUCAAAGGACGAGGAAGCGAAAACAAUCGUCGCACGAACAAUCCAGACGUUCGGUAAACUUGACGUCCUUGUUAACAAUGCUGGCAUAUUCAUCCCUGAUGAUAUUUUGGAACCCAAUUACAUGGAAACGUUUGAUCUAACAAUCAACACAAACCUGCGACCAGUGGCGCUAAUUACUAAUCAAGCAUCACCUCAUCUCAUUCAAACUAAAGGAAAUAUUGUCAACGUAUCAAGUAUCGACGCCACAAUGGUUAAAAUUCCCAAGUUCUCGGCAUAUUUUGCUUCCAAAGCGGCUAUUAACCAUUUCACAAGAUGCAUUGCUUUGGAAUUAGCUCCUCAUGGAGUCAGAGUGAAUACUGUAAGUCCCGGACCAGUUUAUACAGAGAUAUUUGAAAGGGCCGGUCUUGGAGGAAUGAUUCCUGAUAUGCAAUCAAGUACAGCACUUAAUAAAAUUUCUGAACCAGAGGAGAUCGCUGAUUUAAUUUUGUUCUUGGCAAGCGACAAAGCAAAGAGCGUAACUGGUUCGGACUAUGUAUGUGAUAAUGGCAUGAUUUUAAAGUAAAUAUUAGUUUUUAGAUUCAUUACACGUGAUUUACACC